AUGCCGCGUCGCUUCGCGGAUGGCUGCGUCCGGAACGUCUGGAAGUCAGACAUGUCUGACCGUCUGUUCGAUCAGGUGCGCGUUUCCUGCGCCGACCCCGCCUGCCAUGAAUACGACCUUUGCGUUCCCUGUUUCUCUGCCGGAGAGAAGUCGAAGAACCACGACCCGUCGACACAUCGGUACCAGGUGAUCGAACAGAACUCGGUGCCCAUCUUUGACGAGGACUGGGGUGCGGACGAGGAGCUGUUGCUUUUGGAGGGCGCCGAUAUCUACGGACUAGGGUCCUGGGCGGAUAUUGCGGAUCACAUCGGUGGGUAUCGGACGAAGGAGGAGGUCCGGGAUCACUAUCUCGGCACCUACGUGGACAGCCCCAAUUUCCCGCUCCCCGAACGCGCCGACCCGGAGGAUACACGACUGUCCGACUCGAUUCCCAAGGAGGAUUUCCAGGCGCGGAAGAAGCGCCGCAUCGAGGAGCGCAAGGACGCGGCCAAGGCGGCGCCGCCCACCACGCCGAAGCAAAAACCGACGGCCAGUGUACCGGCCUGCCACGAAGUGCAAGGCUACAUGCCGGGACGAUUGGAGUUCGAAACGGAGUUCUUGAACGAUGCCGAAGAGGCAGUACAACACAUGGCAUUCGAGCCUGGUGCAGGAGAAACGACCAACGGAGAGCUCGAUGCCGAGAUGGAGCUGAAGAUGACGGUGGUGGAUAUCUACAACUCCCGGCUGACCGCGCGGACGGAGCGCAAGAAAAUUCUCUUUGAACACACUCUCCUCGAGUACCGGAAGAACACGGCGUUGGAGAAGAAACGCACGAAAGAAGAGCGGGACCUUUUGAACAAGGGGAAACCGUUUGCGCGGAUGAUGAACCACGAUGAUUUCGAGGAAUUUAACAAGGGUUUAGAAUACGAACAUAAUCUACGACUGGCCAUCACGCAGCUACAAGAAUGGCGACAAAUGGGCAUCGGUGACCUCAAGGGCGGAGAGAAAUACGAACAAGAAAAGCAAUCUCGCCAGCAGAAAAUGGCGCCUCAGGGAUCGUUCGAUCGGUUUGCCAGCAACCGCCCGAAGCAGUCGCAAAUCACCGAGCAACCCUCGGCCGCCAGCCAGUUGACCACGCCCGAACUUCCGUUGCGCCUGCAAAAGGCCUCCAGCGCACCCAAGCCGCCCGAGCUCGUCAGCCAACCGCUCAAUGACUUUGAUCGGGCCUUCGCCAGCGGACCGGACGGACUCCCGUCGACGCAGCCCGCCAAGACCAAGUUUGUCGUGCAACCGCUCAACGGAAUCAUCCCCUGGAAGCUGGAGAACGACGGCGCACCCGAUCUCCACUUACUGACCAAGGAAGAGGUCGAGGUGUGCAAUGUGCUUCACAUCCAGCCGAAACCGUACCUCGUGAUCAAGGAGACUCUAUUAAAGGAGGCUAUGAAACAGGGGGGCAGUUUGAAGAAGAAGGAUGCGCGAACUAUUUGCAAGAUUGACGGAACGAAAACGAGUCGAAUUUACGAUUUUAUGGUGCACAGUGGCUGGAUCAACAAGGCUUAG